UGAGAAAGUGAGAGAUUUUAUAUCAGCUUGGCGUUUAAGAGGAGCUCCAAGAUAGAGUAUAAGCAUUCUUUAAAGCAAAAUUCUCAGGAAAAGAAACUUGAGGAAUCGAAAAGAUCAUGGCCUACCCCCAACUGGUGACGAAAUUAUGAUUAACAUCUUUCUACGAGACCGAACCCUAACUGACAUUUCAUCGGAACUGCCCAAUGUGGAUUGGCCAGAAUGUUGUAUCUACAGGGUUCCCAAGCUACUGCGCAAGGUAAAUGAAGAAGCCUACACCCCUAAGCUAAUCUCAAUAGGCCCAUUUCAUCAUGACCGAAGAGAAUUGAGAGACAUGGAAAUGCACAAACUGAGAUAUUUUAAGAAGUUCUUGGAUCGAACUGGGAAGAGUGAGGAGGAUCUUCGAAAGAUCAUUGAAGACGACGAAAAAAAAAUUCGUCUUUGCUAUUCGGAAGAUUGUAGACUUAAUAAUAGACAUUUUGUAAAAAUGGUUCUCUUGGAUGCCAUCUUUAUAAUUGAGCUCUUCUUAAAGGUAAAAAAAAGAAGAGAAGAUGAAGAAAAGGAGGAAGAAGAAGAUGAAGAAAAGGAAGAAGAAGAAGAUUAUAUUCUACGUAAAAAAUGGUUGGCAAAUGGUAUAUAUUAUGACUUGCUAUUACUUGAGAAUCAGCUUCCUUUUUUUGUUCUUGAGAAAUUAUAUAAGUUCGCCGGCUUCAGUGACUCUUCCAGUAGUUGCAACCAUCACGAAGAAGGCAAGCCAGUUGAGGAACACAAAAAGGACCUGGGGAAAGAGGAUGCUCCCAUUGUCAAGCUUUUCCGCAAUUACUUGACUUACUAUGAUGAAAAGCGACGAAAGUCCAUCGGUGAGGAGGUAAUUGAAGAAUCCACCGGAAAGGGAAAAACCGAAACACCCAUCUGUGAGGAAGUAAAGCAUUUCACAGAUGUGCUGAGAUAUUUGUUCUGUCCACCAUACAUGGAAGGGAUGUGGAUCAGGAGUACUAAAAUGAAAAGGCAGAGAAGAAAACUAGGAUGUCAGGUGUCAAUGCAAGCAAAAAAAAAAAAAAAAAAAAAAAGGAACUCUGGUACUCAAAUUUGUGUCACAAAGCUUAACGACGCAGGAUUGAAAUUCAAAGUUGACGAUGAUACAUGCUUACUUAACAUAACACUCCUAGGGUGCUUGGAACGCUGUGAUCCGUGCUUCAAUUUCUUUGACCGCUAUUGCCUUCCAUGCUUGAGCUGCUUGAUGUGCUUUCUGUUCACAUGCUUUCCGUUCACAUGCUUCCUUGGGUGCUUUGGAUACCCUAUGCAUGUCUUGGGAGUCCCGCAACUUGUGAUAGACCACGGUACUGAAGCUAUCUUCCGAAACCUCAUGGCCCUGGAGCAGUGUCAUUAUCCAUCUAAAACAUACAUCUGCAGUUAUGUUUUGUUAUUGGACGGUUUUAUUGACACUAAAAAAGAUGUGGAUUUGCUUGUUGAUAAGAAGGUCAUUGUUAAUCACCUUGGUAGCAACGCUGAAGUGGCUACUCUAAUUAACAAACUCGGAGAUCAGAUUGUGGCAACUACACCCUCUUAUUUCGAUGAUAUCGCUCAACAGCUUAAUGAGCACUAUGAGUUCCCUUUGAACCAUUUGUUGGCAACCUUGAAAAGAGAGUAUUUCCCCAAUAUUUUUAGAGGCACAGCAACUAUUGUUGGACUUAUUGUCCUGGGUUUCACUCUCUGGAAUUUCCUUAGGCCUUAUGUCAUGUAGAUUUGAAGUAUAUAUAUAUGUAUGGUUUAGUGUUUGUUGGAGUGCUUUGCUUUUAGUUGCAAUAAUGGAUGCAUAUAUGGCAUCUGAACUUGUAAUCCUAUAUAGCUUGUGAUAUCCUCCCCGUCUUAUAUUAUAAUAUAUGGCUUGUAAUGUAAGUGGUUUAUGAUAUUUCAGCAAU